CUCCAAUCCACCCCUGCCAAUGCCCUUACGUGCUACCGAGGGCCCUUUCGCCAUUUGGCCCAAUAUUGCCUAGAGAACCAAUUGAAACAUCAAGCCCUGCUCCCCUAGUGUCACCCAGCACCUCCUCUUUCCCGGGUCGCGUAAGGCAGCGCAAUUGCCCCGUCGCAGACUCGCAGGCCAGUGCUCCAUCGAUCCUGAUUCCCUUCCCUUCCCAAGUCUUGUGACUCUUCCUCUCUCCAUCCUGCACCACCGCAGAAACAAACCACCACAUUCCUUUCGACCUGCACAACAACCUCACCACAUCGCCAUCGAGGCAACGUGCAACCGCACAUUCUACGCCGUCCAGACGCCCGCCGCGUCUCAAUUGACACCUCCUUCUUACACUCGCUCAGCUUCCAUUACUGCUUUGAUCGACUUCUCAGGGGCCGUGGUGUGUCAAGUCUGAAACGCAACUUGCAUUCCCAGCCAAGCUCCCCUUUUACUCUUCAGACAGACCCGAAGACGGACCUCCCUAGAAGAUCGUAAACACUUCCAUCUCGCUUUAUCCUUUGAUGUAUAAUCGGGGACCUGGUUGCUGAAGGUUAACAAAAGAGCACGGGAGAAAAAAUAGCAGUGCGGGUCACUGCUGUGAAGGAGAACAAAGAAAUUCUAGCUGCGCCUUUCCCAGUGACUGGCCUUCACCUAGAUUUGACCGGGUUACACGACGAGGCACCACCUGAUCGAACCUUGAUCAACUUGAACCUCACCGCUUACAACCUCACAUCUUUCGAUCUACACGUCUUUGUCGAGUCGAAUCGAGUCGAAGAGCCGCAACACGGUGAUUUCUUCGACGCAUCGACAUAUCUUGAGCCGCGUUGUUUUUUCAGACUCUCUCACCAACAGCAUCGCGAAUCAUGGCACGAUCACUCCUACGAGCCGUCGCUCUGGCUUCGGCUCUCGCUCUUUUCACAGCACCAGUAUCAGCUCAAUCAGGAUCCUCAACUGCGACGUCCACAAAUGCCCCUAAAGCGAUCACUACACUAGGCUGCUACGACCACCCAGACCCUCUCACCUCUCAGGGUGACUACACGUUCCAAACUUCAGGUUACUGUCAAGGAGUCUGUGUGCAGCUGAACAAGCCCGUGAUGGCCAUAACUGGAGGAUCGACGUGUUAUUGUGGUGACGAAUUGCCAGCCUUGGACACUGAAGUGGACCCGGACAGUUGCAACUCGCCAUGCAACGGCUACUCUCAGCAGACCUGUGGUGGCAUUGGCUUCUGGCAAGUGUAUCUUACGGGUUUGACCGCCGACGUUGAAACUGCCCCGAACAGUACCAGCAGUUCGAGCAGCUCAACCGCUACGCAAUCUGGAGGCUCAAGUACAAGCCAGCCUGCAGUUGUUACCAAACCGGGCGAGACCAUCGUUGUGACGGCUUCAGCUAUGGCUUCAGCCGACAAAUCAUCCGGCGGAACCAGCAAGGUCGGCAUUGCCGUUGGCGUCGUUGUUGGCGUCGUUGGCCUCUCUGGGAUCAUCGGAGGUGUCCUCCUGUACUUGAGACACAAGAGGAACCGUGAAAUUGAAGAAGAGCACCGUCGUAAUGCGGCGGUCAGUUCGUUCGUCGGAUCAGGGAAAUCAGACAAAUCAUCCACUGACCAGCGCCUUGACCCCUCUAUCUACUCACACCGUCGACAAAGUAUUGGCAGCAUCGCCGAUGAACGAGAUUUCUCCAGGAGGAUAUUGCAGGUGCGAAAUCCGGAUCGAGAGUCAAAGUCAUCUGCAAUGGCUUAGUAGCAAGUGAACAUGGACUUGGUCCCGCUACCGAUACGAGGCAAUGCGGGUUGUACACCACGGCAUGGACACGAGAACACUCAUCUGAGGUUGGCAUAUACCGCCAGUCUGCUAUGAGUCUUUUUCACUUAUGUCGAGACUGCUGGAUACCCAACAUCAUCAAUAACAACACUCAACCACACGCACACUGACGACUGAAUACUACGAUCCAGACACAACCGCCCCGACCACACUCUCACUCUCUGCAUUUCAGCAACACAAUUGAAAUGAUGAACGAUCCUUACCCGACAGCACCGUCCAGUUUCUUACUCUCUUUUGCUGUUUGUUUUAGAUUUUAGACCCAGUUCAGGUGGUCGAUGGCAUAGCUUUGGCGUCGGUGGUUUGUUUGAGUGCACGGGGGAUGUUCCUGCUGCUGGGGAGGGCUGACAAAGGUCGGAGGAGAAGGAGAAGAGUUAGGGCUGGGGUGGCUUCUCACAACUUGCAUCCCCAUGCCUGCAUUACUAUUGAGGGUGCCGUGAGCAGUGGUUUUCAGGCAUCGUCACGCGAGAAGGAAAGGGAACCAAAGAGAACCCACCAACUAAUAUUUGCAUGAGCAAGGGCGAAGUAUUGACUGUAUUUCGUCCCCCAAAAUCUUAUCGCGAGCGUAAUGUCUUAUAGGAGGCAAGCAUCGGAGGCAGUGGAAGAGGGCGAGAGAUAUCCCAGGAUGUCUUGUGGGAAUGACCAGGGAAGACGGAUUCGGGUCCGACCAACACACAUGGCGGUUUGGUCACAUCGUGUCACGAAGUCAUGGCAUGGCUCCGGGGGCUUGCUGUGUGUAAGUGUAGAUAGAGAUUUUCCUGCCUGUUUUUGUAUCACCACCACCACUACAGUACCACCAACAAUUCAUUGCCCAACCACAUUCGCAGAGCUUAUUACAGAAGAUACCUACGUAUGUAUGUAUAUAUGUAUGUACCCGCGGCUGCUCGGCCCUGAGCAUACCUGGU